AUGGGCGAUGGUAAACGAGUGGCAGAGACACUGAUAGUUGUGAACCCCGCUGGCGUCAAAGGUUAUCUCUCAGCCUCAGCUGGGCAUGUCAGGGGUCCUGCGCCCAUGCCUUCCGGGGAAGCAGUGAGCCUACUGCCAACAUACUCGCUUCCCCGGCCCACCGUCCCACCUCUCCGCUCCUCGCUGGUGCUUGUCGUUUGCUGUGCGAUGCUUCAGGGCCUCUCUACACCUUCCCAACCAGGUUGCAACCAUGAUGGCCCUCGGCUGGUUGGGCGUCCCCCCAUUCUUGCGCGACAAGCAAUAAACACCUGCAGCCUUCACCAAUCAGGACUCCAGCACAGCUCAGUUGUGCAGCACGGCCUGGAGUUCAUCCCUGUUGUCCCUGCAGCCGGAGAAAACAGACGCCGUCUUGAGCCGUAUGGGAGAGACGACAAGAACUCUCUCCUUGGUGUGGCCACUUCUACCCAUGGAGGAGAGCUGUCACCUCCAGGAAAGACUUGCCCGAGAGGCGUCGUCGCUAGUCGUCGCGGGCAGCCACAAGCGCAGUCUACACGCGAAGCGGUACAGCAACACCAGGAAGGCUGUGCCUGUCUGUUGCUGCACCAGCCUCCACACCGACCCGUCAAUCUUCAGCCGGGUCGGACAGGACCCCGACCGGGUUUUAUCCGGUGGCACAACCGCGUCCACAUCGUGGGGAAGACAAAGACGCUGAGAAAUGCCUCAUAUCCCGCAGACAAUUGA